AUGUUAUCGGACAUUAAUAAAAUAUUACCAAAUAAUCUAAUUCUAGUAUUAACACAAUUUUUUAUAAUCAUACAACAAAUACCACUUGCAUACAGUUUACCAGCAUCAAACGACACUGAUGAUUCAUCAACGUCAGAUAUAGAUAGCGUUUACAUUGUUCUUGUAUUUUCAUUGUUUAUUAUUGUCUGUAAUAUUAUUGGAUGUUUAUACAUUAUUUCACGUAAGAUAAAUUCUAAUUUUCAAAGAUUUAAAAAAAUAUUGAUUAUUGACAAGAAAGAUAUUUUGUUUUCAGGUACAUAUAUAAGAUGGAAAAACCGUUCAGAAAUUCCUAUGUCCCUUAGAUUUCCAUAUUACCUUGCUUUAACGGACGUGCUUUUAUCAAUAAUAUCUUUAAUAAAUCAUAGGCCUUUAGAAUUUCCGGCUUGUUCAAUAAUUGGUUCAUUAUUGGUUUUUUCAACAUCUCUAAGUACAAAUUUGGUUGUUUCUAUAUCAGUUGUUUCUUGGCUAAGAGUUGUCAGAGGAAUAUGGAUUGAUUUUGGAAAGUGUGAUUAUAAAUUAUGGGUGGUACUAUUCUCAAUAGGUAGUUUUUAUUUUGCAUUUAUAGUUCGUAAUGUUAGCGAACAUAAAUAUUGGUGUGCACCUGAUUAUACUGAUAAAUUUUUUUCAAUACUCGCUAUUUCAGUAGUAUUGUUAACAUUAUCAAUUAUAACAUAUUGUUAUGCUCAUGUUUUAAUGUUAAUUAAAAGGGCUGAUUAUAGAAGUAAUAUGAAAAGUAAUAGCGGUGAUAAUAGUGGAAGUAACAAUGGAAGUAGUAGUGGCAUAUUAAAAAAUAAAUUUGAAAGAAAAGUUUUCAAAAAAAUUUUAACCUAUGUUUUAGUAUUUCUUAUACAAUACAUUCCUUGCUUGGUUUAUGAAGUAGUAACUGUUAUGAAUCCUGGAAAGCAAGAAAAUGGAAUUGUAGCCCUAAUUGCUCUAACAGCAUUCAAUUUAGGUGCAGUUGGCAAUUUCUUUCAAUACAUAACGAAUGAAGGGUUUUCAUUGAAAAGGAGUUUAAGUUCUGUUUCAAAUAAUGAAUCUAUUCCUUCUCGAGAAGAUGAAAUAGAAUUAAAUAAUAAAACUGAUAUUAUUGAAGGUUUUCUUUAA